AUGGCAGUCAAUAGGCAAGACGAAGAAGGCAAGGGCAGGUUCGAGGAACGCUGCAGAACCGCGCCUUCUGAAUUGAGGGGCACGCAGGAUCUAGAAUUUGACGCAAUAGGCAAGAGUUCUUACCUGGUUGUUGACUACAAGCCGGGAGAGGCAGGAGCGGGCGGAGUGUGUGAAUCUGCUUUUGAAAGUCAGCCUCUCGAAGAAACAGGAAACAGGAGCCAUGCAGACUCGUCAACGGGUGAACGGAGGACAAAACAAUGCCGAGGGAGCGAGAAAGAAGCUGGAAACCGGUGGACAGCUGCCGCCAAGAAACAAGCCAGAGUAAAGAGCUCGACAACUGGGAAUGGUGCGAGAGAAGGCGGCUGUGGAGAAUACGAAAAGUCCUAUGGGAACAUACAGGAGGAUCGUGGAAGAGGGAAGAGCGGUACGCAAAAGGUACAAUGCGGCGCAGAACGAAAGUGCCGGUUGGUAGCUGCGAGGUGGGAACUGGAGCUGUCCCGGGUAUCGAAAGGUGCCUGA